UUCAUGUUCCUACUUCUGGCAGGUUGUAUGUUUCACCAAAAAAGUUGACAUUUGUGGGAAAAACAGAGUCUGCUCUCAGAUGGUGCAGACACGUUUUGGAUAAUCGCAGCCCUGAGAUGGAAGCAGCCUGUCUAAAGCUGACAAACAGGCUUAAUUUAAAAUUGAGUUGUGAGUCCCGACAUCCAGGUCUGCAACAACCUGGCACCCUCUCUUUUGAUUUAUCAAUGGACCAAACUUCAUUUGGCUGCAGAGCCUCUUCCAACACUUUUGACCACAUUGACCAGAGCAUCUCACCUGAAUCAAACUACAAGUUGCAGAACAUAACAGAUAUUUACGACACGGCCCGUAUACAGGAAGCCUGUUUGCGACAGGAGAAUUUCUACACAUUUCGAUGUCAUAAGUCACCAUGGACACUUCCUCUCUGCUCUGACACCACCACAAACAACAUCACCCACAGAAACAGAACAGAGGCCUCCUCAUGUACUGCAUCUGUGCCAAUGAACCAGUCAGCAAGAAUGAUUACUGAAAACUGUCUUAGCCCAAAAGUGACCAGACUUCAUGAGUACAAGAUGCUCAAGCGUGCACAAAAUCAAGGUGCAUCCAGUAGGUCCAGCUCACCCAUGCACACCAGUCUUCGCUCUCUGCAGGCAGUGAGGAGCAGUCGCAGUUUAGACAUUGACGACUACAAUCUUGACCAGAUCCUUCACAUCAGAGCCGGUGCAUCAUCUGCAAGAACAGACUCAAGUUACAGGUCUGUCUCCCAUUCAGCUCACCACAUGAAGCCGGCCCAGCCCACAGCCAUAAAAAGGUGCCAGAGGUCCCACUCCCUUAGCCCAUGCAGGAUCCCACACUCAUCCAUUUCCUCUGUGGAGAGAGUUUUUGCUCCUCUCAAAAACAGAGGUGCAGCCUGGUUCCAAAAUGGAAGACAAGUACAAAGAUGA